AAAACAAAAUGGCGACCUGGAUAGGUGAGCGGGAAAAAAAGUUGGUGUUGUUUACUUGGAGACGGACGGAUAUUGGCUGCAAAAUGGGAAUUUCUCUUAAUUAAUUACUGCUACUUUGCUUUAAUCUGUGAGACCACAGCUAAAAACUUCGAUGGAGAUACGGUUGAUGCGAAACACCAAACAGACAGAAGCCGCUACAUUAAGCUGAUGUUUUUUCAGCUCGGGCGGCGUAGCGUCCAGACAUCGUGAUGAGUAAGCUGAAUUUGACUUUAUACGAGUGUCUUCAGCAAGUUUCAUUAGAAAAGUACCAUGGCAAGUUUACUGCACGUGGUAUUUUGGACGUUGAUAGUUUGCUGUCGCUUACAAUGCAAGAUUAUCCUGCCUUGGGUAUUUCCUCAAUGGCGGACCGACAGAACCUUUUCUACUUGAUUCAGACGAUAAAGACAAUGCAGGUGUCCUCUUCCCAGAGAGGGCUGUUACAUAAUGGAACGAAGAAUGAACGUUUGGUACCGAUGGAGGGGCCAGCGGCGGAGAAUAAGAAAGGUAUAAUAUAAAUAUUGGAACAAACAAAAUGCAUGAGCAGAGGGGAGUUCCAUUCCAUUUAAAACCAGCACCCCACCUAUCAUUAAGGGAUAAAUAUGAUGUUCACCCUCACACUGAAAGAAGUAAAACCAAAGUGAAGGCCAUGGCUGUCCAUAAGAUUUCAACUUGCCAGGUGUAUGCAGUUAGUUGCUAGGAAAUUGAACAUCUAGGAAAUUCUUUUGGCUCUAUUUUCCCUUUUUUCCUGCGGAAGUCGUCGGGUUUUUGCAUAUAGCAGCUGGGGGAAAUCCCCUGACCCCACUUUAGCUACAACUCUGGCAGACACCCCCUUCAGGCAAAAGUAGUUGUUUGUCCCAACUCAGUAACCUGUUCAGGAUUACCUGUUUCUUCCUUUAUGGCAGUGGAGGAGGUUGGGGGUGGUAGUGGCGGGGGGGUAUUAAAUGGGAUGUCUCAUCGGGGAGGGUAGCUGAAACUGAUUCAAAUAAUAUUGCAUUGAAAAGUUGCAAUGCUACAAGAUCUCCUUAGGGUAAUUCCCUUGUUUUGCACUACCGCACAUAAUAUUGCAACUUCAAAGGUGGUGGUACCGUAUUCGAUUAACCACCCUGGGCGCUUAUUGAAUUUUUGGACCUUGAGAGUGGGCGCUUAUUCGAGGUGAGCGCUUAUUCAAGGCUGGGCGCUUGUUAAAUUUUCACCAUUUUCAGCAAGUGUAGUAUGUUUAUUUUGCAACAAAACAAUAAACACUAAUAACAAAACGCGAAGAAGUAACAAAGCAAGGUUUCUGUAGUAUAUUCUGAAGAAAACUCCGUCCUCGGGGAAGUCUCUAAUUAGAAUUUAUUCACUCAAGUGGGUGGGGUGGGGGUGAGCGCUUAUUUGAGUCUGAUUGGGAGGAGGGAUUGGGAUUGGGAUUUGGCCUUUAGGAUGGGCGCUUAUUCUAGGUGGGUGCUAAUUUGAGGUUGGGCGCUUAUUCGAAUAAAUACGGUAAUUUUCACUGGUUGUCUUUGGCUCGAUUUCACCAUCUCCCGGGUCCAGUCUUUGAUAAAAAAAGAGGAAACAAAGGCUCCUUUUCUAGUCCAAGUGCUUUUAAUAGCGAUAUUGAUAAAUAUAUCCGGCUAAAAUGGUGUUAUCCUUCCCAAUCCCUUCAGGCAAAAUUAUCAUUUGAAGCCAAAAUUGUCCCUUUGUUGUCUUUUUGCAAUGAAACAAGAUUGGUGACUCCCCUGUUUUGUUUGUGUUUUUCACUCAUUAUGGCUACACAAAAAAUAAAUCUUAAGGGAAAAAAAACCUGGAUAGCAGAAGUUGCAUGUGUAAAUUUUAAGAUAUGAAUUAUGUUAAACUCCACAUUUAGGGCCACAGAGAAGUAUGAAAUAAUGUUAAACUGUCUGUUUCUCUCCAUUUUUUCAAGAUCAGGUAAUUUUAAGCCAUUGUACUGAAACAUUAUGGCCCAGACAAACCAACGGUUCUUAGGUUUUAGUAAAAUUCAUAGUUUUUGCUUUAUGGUAAGAUUUUUUGACAGGUGUUCAAGCUUUGAACAUUUUUGCAAGCAACAAGGAAAAAACACUCAGAAUUCUGGGCACACAAGGCGAAAACAAGCACAGUGACCCCAACCUUUUAUCGCAGUUUUUGAAUGUCCUACAUAUGGCUGACAAUUGUGCCAAGUUUGAAAAAAAUCUGGAUAGUACAUCCUUUUCAAGGGAAUUACCUUAAUUCCAAAUCUAAAUUGUUCCUAUUGUUUAUAGCAUGGUAACAGUAUUUAUUUAUAUAAAUUAUUUAUAUUUUAGACAAGAAGACAGGUGCAAAGAGACCACGAGAGGCUACAGAAAGAAGCCCAGUAGCCGUCAAGAUAAAAUCAAAAACAAAAGACAAUUCUUGUGCAAGUUCUUCAAGGCCAUCCACUAUGUCAAGGUAAAAAUGUUGUAAGUUAAGCUCUUUAAAACCAAAUGGGAAGAAUUUUGCAGUGGAUGUUGCUUGUCCGACCAUACUAAUCCGAUUUAAUCAUGUCUCAGAUCAACAGAGUAUGCUGCAGGAUUUUACAACUAUGGUGUUCCUAGUUAUAAACCCAAGCAAUCACCAAUCAAAAGAGUCCAUUCAAGAUCAGAUUUGGGUCCAUCAAGAAUACAAGUGUGUGUUCGUAAGCGACCCCUAAGCAAAACUGAGUUGAUGGGCAAUGAGGAAGAUGUAGUCAUGGUGACUGAUAAGAAUACAGUUGUGCUUACAGCACCAAAACUUGCAGUGGACCUAACAAAGUAUACUCAAAAGGUACAAUGCCCUUCAGAUAACAAUGGAAUGAUUAAACUCUUUGCCAGUUUUAUAAGCAUGGGAACUGUUGCCUUAAGAAGUGAGCUAGGAAAGGCCUGGGGCAGUCUAAACACAUCUGUAUCCAUGAUAAUUACCUAAACUACCUGACUUGAUACUCCCUACAGCAGUAAACAGCCUCUUGGAAGGGGAGGGUGAGGAUUGAGAAUCCACAAAGAUUUGCUGAUAGGAGUGAUACAGUGUUCUUGAACAAAUUUAGACUGAAACAGGGCCAUUCAAAUACCUCUGUCAUGAACUGUAUAGUAUUGAGUGGAACCUACACCUUUGUUUACAAGUGUUGUAGGUCUUCUGUGUACAAGACAUCCGUCUAAGCCAUAUUGAAAUAUCUAGAUUAUAAUUGCUUGUGCUCUUGGUUGCAAUAUUGAAAAUGGAAUGUUGCUGGCAGACUUGUUGCUUGUUUUGAUACUCUUAGUUACUUAUAGUCACUUCUAGUUGACCAAUCUUCCACAUUUUAAUUCCUGUUGUUCUUUGUUUUCUAGUAUCAGUUUGUAUUUGAUGAGGCUUUUGAUGAACAUUGCAGCAACAAAGAUGUUUUUCAAAGAACUGCUCAGCCACUCAUCAAGACAGUUUUUAACAGGUUUUUAAUUUGACAUUAUUUUCAAGUACAUCAUAAAUAAGAAAACAGUGUCACCUCCCAUACUUGUAGAAGGCCCCUAACAAAAGAGUUACUCAUGUCUGUAUUGAUGGCUAAUCCUUUAAGUCCCCAAAGUGACCAAAAUCAAUUUUCUCUUGUUAAUUUCAAUUCAUUUAAACCAAGAGAAAAGGUUUUGAGAACUAACAAAAUAAUCACCAAAGAGAAAAUGUUUUCAUUGAAAUUCAGUCUACUAGUUCUUUGUGGAAAUGUAUGGAGAUCAGUCUAUAGAAUUUCUAUGUGGAGUUAGGGGCCUAAAGGAUUAAUAUCUUACCAGCCCAUUCCAUUAUUCGGCCUCUUUUUUUCCUCCUGCACUCACCUGAUCUCUGAAUUUCCUCUUCUACACAAACCUUGUUUACAUUUUCCACCUUUGUUAUUGUACAUGUAUCUCCAAGAGUACCUGCCUUACCUCCCUUCUUUCCACCUCCUUUCUAAUGACUUAAAAUACCUAAUGUUCUUCUAUCAGACUUCACCAACCUUGCUCCCUUCUUUAUCCCACUUACAUUCAGUGUUUAAAUAUGCUUUCCUUCUUCUCAGCCACAGGGUUCACACAGUCUUGAAAAGUCCUUGAAGUUUAGGGGAAGUCCUUGAAAAGUCAGUGAAUUCUAUUUUUCCUUGAAAAGUCCAUAAAUUUCUAUGCAAAUCCUUGAGACGUCCUUGAAUUUUCUUUAACUUUGAAUGUAGUGGCCUGGAAAGUGUUUUUUUGCUGCAUUUUGGUUGUCUGAGACAGAAUAUGAAUCGUAGGUCAGAGAAUUUAAAGGUUAUUUACACAAAGUGGUCAAUGUUUUAUGUAAUAAUUAGCUAUCAAUUUAAGACAAGUGAACUGACAAAUGUAGAGAAGUUGGUGAAGCAAACAAUUCAAGCCUUAAAGCCUUAUUAGAAUAGACUGGGGAUGUACGUUAGUAGGUGGUCCUUGAAAAUCUAAUGUGGUCCUUAAAAAGUCCUUGAAAAAUGGUAGUAAUUUUUUGUUUGAACCCUGACUACCAUCUACCUACCUGACACCGCUCUCCUCUACCUCUCGUCGUACUUACUCCUAACAACUCCCUUUGGCUUUCAAUCACUUUUUCUUCUUUCCUUCCUCCUGCCUUUAGUUAGUUACUACAUUAUUCCUUUAAGAUUUACCUAGUGUAGUAGUGAACUUCUGGUGGUGAUGCUGAGGUCACAGCAAUCAUGUCACCAAACUUUCUCACUGUUUUUCCAGUUUGUAACCAGCCCAAGAUCAGGCAUCAUUAAAAAUGUGAACAUUUUUCUCUAAUAAGUUUGGAGAACUUUUGUUCUCGCUACAUUGUGCAACAGUGUUUAUUAAAAUGCCAUCAGAUAUAACAACCAACCAAACUGACUUUCUUUCUCCUUUCCUUCCUUCCCUCUUUUCUUCACCCUUUUCCUUUAAUCCCUAAUUUAGCCAUCCUGUUAAUAUUUCUUUAUUAAUAUAAUUCUUCUUUUUUAUUUUUUGCUCUUUCUCUCCCUCCUAAAUACAUCACUUCCUACAACCCUUGUACAUGUAUUCUUUGUCCCUUGGCCAAUAGAUUUUGAAUAUCUAAUUUCAGGGGUAAGGCUACUUGUUUUGCUUAUGGCUGCACUGGAAGUGGAAAAACCUUCACCAUGCUGGGAAAUGAGGAAGUACAGGGAAUCUACAUCCUGGCAGCCAGUGAAAUAUUCACAAAAUUGCAUAAUGAAACUCAUGGCAAAGGAUUGGGAUUAUGGAUCAGUUUCUAUGAAAUUUAUUGUGGACAGCUGUUUGACCUGUUAAAUGGGAGAGCAAAGUAUGUAUGUUUUGGACACCCAGAAAAAUAUAAUAAAGUUUACAGAGGUGACCGUAAGAAAAUGAUCACUGUAAAAUUUGUGUCUGCUACAGUACAUGGACAUGUUUGGUUACAUGGGAAGAUUUCAAUAUUCAAGAUCAACAAAAACUGGAUCAGAUCAACCCUUGUAACCUCAUGCCAACAGCAGCCUUUGUCAUUCAGGGCCCCAGGUAGGUGAGGUAACCUGCUUUGGUGGGUAACCCACCUGUCCACAUAAUCUCUAAUUUUAAUUUGAUCACGUUUACAUGAUAGGUGGGAUGACCCGCUGCAUGUUACCGCACCUAUCUGGGGUCCCCCACCUCCAUGUAAACAGGCCCUUAGUUACUUACAGGGAUUGAUGUGAUCCAGGUUUUGUUGACGCCUAUGAUUUUCUUAAGGUGGUUCACACAAUAACAGCAAGAAAAAUGCAAAAGCAAAUUGCGAGCACCAUGCUUGCUGACAUACAUGCACUGGCCUUUAAGCCAGUUUUUUGUGAACAAAGAAAAUACAUUUUUGCAUGUUCAAACUGCCUCAAUGUAAAUGCAAACAUUGGUGGCUGUUCAAAAAUGGCAAAUGUUCCCUUUUCAAUAUGCUUGCACUUGUACUUACAUAAACAAGUCAAAAGACAGCCUUUCAUAGCAGCCGUGUUACAUGUUUUCUAUAUGUUUUGCAGGUUAUUUGCAAGAGAAGAUGCCAAUCACCAAGUGUGCAUAGCUGGAUUGACUGAGCGGCAUGUUCACAAUGUAGAAGAAUUGAUGGAGGUAUAAUAAUGAUAACAAUAAUACAAACUCUAUAACUGGAUGCUUUUGAGCUUUUACUGAGCAUAUACUAACUUGAAAAGUGAUCUCCAAGAUCAUAACAAAUUUUAACACCUGUUUUAACAACUGACGAAGUUGUUUCUGUGCAGGUUAUAGAAUAUGGUGGGGGAGUACGAAGUACUGGAGCUACUGGUGUUAAUUCUGACUCUUCAAGAUCACAUGCCAUCUUACAACUGGAUGUAAAAGUUAUACGCAAUGAGGAACAUGUUGGAAGGUAUAUUUUAUCAUUGUUCUUCUUCUUCUUCUUCUUAUAAUAAUUAUUAUUAUUAUUGGAGUCAUGCUCUUUCCUCUUAUGGGACCGAGUUCAUUCCAUGAAAAGUCUCAUUACUUGAUGGAUAGUGACCUCCUGAGUAUGUGAGCAGUCACAAGGAGUACAAUCUUCUGAUGAUCUGUUAUUCUGAUGUUUCCUGGGAUCUUUCUGAUGUAGUUUUCAGUCCGCUCCUUGACAAGGCCGAGAGCACCAGAGACCACUGGGACAGUUGUUGUUUUAGUUUCCAUGGUUUCUCGAUUUCUAUUUUGAGAUCCUUGUACUUCGGAAGUUUUUCUACUGUUUUAAAGAGGUGUUUUUUUUCAUAUCAAUGAGCAGCCAGGUCCUCUUCUCCUUGUCUUUUACUACCUUGUCUGGCCUGUUUGCCUUGAUCUCUUUGUCUGUCUGGACUGGCAUGUCCCAGAGUAUUGUCACUUUAUUGGUAAAUGGUCUUUUCUCUGUUCCAAAGAAUUUUGAGUCCCACAUACAUUGCUGAAAGUUUAUUUCCUUCUAUACAUGUUAUUCUCACAGGUUUUCAUUCAUUGACUUGGCUGGAUGUGAGCGUGCAGCUGAUGUCACAGAUACUGACAAGCAAACACGGGUGGAAGGAGCUGAAAUUAACCAGAGUUUGUUAGCUGUAUGUUAAUAAGAACACAUUCAAUAUUUAAUUUAUUUUUGAAAAAAAUAUUCUCCUCUAUGCAUUUGUUAAUAUACAAAUUUCCCUGAUAUUUCGUUCUUUUUUCAAGUUAAAGGAAUGCAUCAGAGCACUGGAUCUGGAUUCAAAACACACGCCAUUUCGUCAAAGUAAACUCACUCAGGUAGCUAUUAAAUAAUUUAAUAUUCAUUUUAACCUCACUAACAAUAGUUGACAUUAAUUAGCAGAAUAUUAUGCAGACAAUAUUCAGUUGCAUCUAAAUCAAGAUUUAGAAAAUGUUCACAAUUGGCUGAGAGCAAACAAACUUACUCUAAAUAUGACUAAAACCGAAUUUAUGCUUAUCGGAUCUAGGCAGAGGCUAAGUACUCUCACAGAGUCCCCGACAUUUACAAUUAAUGAUUUUGAAGUUAGCCAGGUCACUACUGCAAAAUCACUUGGAGUGACCAUCGAUGACAGACUUGAUUGGAGUGGCCAUAUCGAGAAAGUAACAAAGAAAGUCGCUUCUGGUAUGGGGCCAUAAAACGAAUAAGGCACCUUGUCCCUCAGGCGACCUUACAACUAAUAUAUCAAGCUUUAAUACAGCCACACUUUGAUUAUUGCAACAUUGUUUGGGGAAACUGUGGGAUAACCUUACAGAAUAAGGUUCAAAAGCUACAAAACAGGGCAGCCUCUGGAACAGUCUUCCUUGUAAUUGGAAGCAGAGUCCCUUGGGCAAUUUAAACGACUACUCAAAGAACUGUAAGGCACGGCAUUCGUGGAAAGCAGCUUUUUUAUUUAAAUAUUUUUAUUAUAUUAGUAUUAGGCAUUUUUAAAGCUGACGAAUUUUGUACCGUGGAUAAAUAAAGAUUAUCUAUCUAUCUAUCUAUCUAUCUACUAAUUGGGCGGAGUGAUUUUUUUUAUCUCAAUGAAUGUAAAAAUAGUUUUUCUUACAAAUAUAAAAUUUCAUUUUCACAUGCUAUAAUCUUUUGUACUUUUCAUCUCAUUUUUUACACAGGUUCUGAAAGAUUCCUUUAUUGGAAACUGUCAGACUUGUAUGAUAGCCACUAUAUCACCCAAUAAAUCUUGCAGUGAGAACACCCUUAACACACUCAGAUAUGCUGACAGGUAAGCUCAUAUAAGUAGAUACAGGAUAUAAGUAAAUACAGGAUAUUUUUGGUAAUCCUUUUUUGUGUCCCUUAUAUUUUUCAAAAACAAGUGCCGGAGGGAAGUUUUGUUUCAAAAAGAUUUCCUUAUAGUUGUAAAUUUAGCUAUGAUUAAUUUUUACAAGCCCCUGAUCCGGAGGGUUUUUUUAACGGUUUGGGGGCUUAUUAUACAUGGAGGGGCUUAUUUUCAGAAUUUUACAGUAGUUAGGCUGUGUGCAAAAACAUCCUACUCUAAAAAGGAAUAAGAGAGCCAGCAGGGGAAGUUUGCAUGGAGGCCUUCACUGUUUUGAGUGAAUGUACGGUCAGGGCUAGACCUGUUCAGACCACCUCCUCAGAACAGACACCUCUUUAAAACCACUUAAUAAUUGUAUGCAUUUUCCCACUUAUUUGUUCAUUCUUUUGUUUCCUCAUCUUAUCAUGUCAUUGAUAACCUCCACCAUUGCCCAUCUCGUCAAUAUAAAUCAGGCAUAUUUUCCAGUUGCAAGUUUCUUUUACUGGAAUUCUUAACGUAGAAACCUCUGAAAUGAUGGUGCCAGUUCUCUUAUCAUAUUGGCCAAAAUUCCCAGUCAAAAAACUUGUGGUUUGGUUUUGUGUGUUUUGACUAAUUCACCUCAUUGACACAUACUGCAGAGUGAAAGAGUUGAAAAAAGGCAUACCAGUCACCUCGCCAUCAGCUCCUCGACCACUGACUGUACCUGCAACUAUGCCUGAAAAAGACCAGCUGUUCUGUGAAGACAAGAACAAAGCUUUACCAGGAGUGGCCAGAAUUCAGGUAUUCAAAAACAUCCCAAGGUGCAUUAUUGAAUAGUAGUGAAAGUUCCAGAAUUGUUAAUUUUUUCUACAUAUGGUUCUUUGUAAUUUGUAUAAACAGCUGGGUAAUUUGUUUUUCAUUUAUUAUAUUUUAACCAUUCCAUGGCUUCAACUCCCAUGAGGCAAGAGCUGGUACAAAAUAUUAUGUUUGUGUAAAGUGUAGUUAUUCAUUUUGUUAUUUUCAAAGUGUUAUCCCAAGAGAUCAUGAAAGAAUAGCAAAAAUCUCAAAUGUCAUCAGAAUAUUCAAAUGAUCAUUACUUUGAUGUUUAUCUUCAUGUGAAUUUACUGGCCAUGCAUAAUGGAGCAAAUAAAUGAUGUUUGUUUCUGUGUUGGUCAUAUUUUAGGUUAAUAGUAUUUUGGAACAUCCCCAAGGCCCUCUAAGGAAGCUCAGGACUGGUAACAAUGGAACUAAUAAAACAUUAAGACUUAACACUUCAUCUUCAAACACAAUAUUGUCACCUAGAGGUCAAGACUCUACUGCAGUAAACAAUAUACCAGUUAGUUCACCUGGAAGCAUUCUUGGUAGUAAUACUAAAAAGGGAUUGAAAGUGCCGGUACAUACAUCUAGACCUCAAACUUCACCAGAUGUAAUUACUGCAAAAACUCUGGCAAGCAGGAUGCAGAGCAAAACAAGGGCAUCAAAACAAAAGACCAGUGAUAAUCGUACAAAAUCUAACAGAUUGACUGAAACUUUGAAAGAAAAAUGUGAAGAAAUGCCACAAGAGGUUCAGGCAACUUGUGAAGAGAGUGAUAAGAGUUCAGAUGUUUUAUUUGUAUCAGCAUCUAGAUUAGGCAGUUAUAAUCAUUUGCCAGAAGUGGUUCAGCGAGACAACUCUACUGAAGAACUUUUUAAAGAGCAUCAAAAUACUCAAAAGCCGUCCUAUGCAGACAAGCAAUUAAAUGAAUCUUCACCACCAUCAAGAAACAAUCGUUAUGGUAAUGGCAUCAAAACUAGACUUUCAAAGCUGUUUAGUAAAGGGAACACUUGUAUGGAAGAGCCCAAAGUUGUUGAACCUCAAACAACUAGGAAUGAACUCAAAGCUCCUCAUUUGAUUCCAACACCCAGUGGAAUUCACAAGCCCACCAGGUUCUGAUUUUGUACUGUACAGUAACAGACUUAGCUCCUGUGCUUUAAAUUGUUAGGUAGAUGUGAAUGACUUGUGUCAAGGCAAUAGAUAUUACCAUUCAUAGCAAAUUCUUCUUCGUUUUCAUUGGCCUAGAGCCCACCUACUGUGUUUGGGUACAAGUAAUAUUCUGUUCAUGUGUAAAUGAAACCACGCUUUUCUCCUUCUUGUGAUCGCUCUUGCAUGAAAAUGGCAGAUCGCUUCGCUGACCAAAAAACAAACUUGGUGAUCAAAUAAUAAAACAAUUAUUGACCUCAGUUAUCACAAAAUAUCGUGAUUUAUCAGGGUCUCGCAGAUCAAUCAUUUGCCUCAGCCUUUGACUUCUGCAAAUAAUAUUUAUUGAUCUGCUCGCCACUGACAAAUCACGAUAUAUUGCUCAACCUGGUCCAAUAAUUGUUCAUUAUCUGCACCAUGCUAAGUUUGCCCAUUACAAAUCCUGGAGAAUUUUCAUUAGGAUACAAUCUGUUGUCCUGAUUUUGAAAUAAAGGGUGCAGGUUAGCAUGAACUGUUUGACCAAGUUUGGAAAUAGGCUCUUGCCUAUCUAUAGCACUGUUUGAUAUAAAAUAAUAAGCAAAAAAGGCAUUGAAAUUGAAGUGACUAUGGUAAAUGGUUACAGUCAAAGCCCGUUAAUACAGACACUAAGGGGGCCAUAGAAAGUGUCCAUAUUAACAGGGUGUCCGUAUUAAGAGGGUUGAAUUUAAAGAAAAUAUAAUGGCUUUCUUUCCCCAAAGACAAACCAAACUGUCUGUUAUAAUGAGGUGUCCGUAUUAAGUGGGUGUCUGUAAAGCAGGAUUUGACUGUACUUAAUUAUUAUCAUCUCCUCUUAUUUCAACAAACUAGUUAUUUAUUCUUGAGCAGUUUUUGCAAAUGUAUCAGUAGCUUGCAUGGUAGAGAUUAUAAAAUUUUUUUUUUUGCUAAUGUUUAUCAUACCUGCCUUAAACUGCACAGCAAGUUGGUUUUAGAAAACAUUUCCGGUUAAGAAAAUCUGUUGUUCUUUUGGAAUUUGCAUAACCUGGUUGAAGCUGGUUUUGCACCCAAAGUACACAGCUGCAUUUGUUUAUUAUGUAAUUGAAAAUAACGUAGUUAGGUCCUCUACAGCCUAAUUAUUGUAACACAACUGAAGGUUUUUUCAGAGUGACUGGUCAUCUGAUACCGUAUCUAAUUUUUUUUUUUAUGCAGGGAAGUGGUUCAUAUGUCCUUGGAUUUUGGUGAACAGGACAAAUCCCAUCUGAGUCUUUCUCAAGAGGAGUUAGUGGCAUCACACCACACACAGCUUGCUAUGGUAACAGGGCUUUGUCAGGAGGAAAUGGUGCUUUUAAAACAAAUUAACGGUGGACAGAAGGUAGAUGAAUUAUUUUUAGAUGAAAAUCUAAUCAGCAAAGUAUUGUCAUUAUUUUUUAAUGUUUGCAAUGAUCUCAAGUUCGAGGAGGACUCAGAAAAUCUCUGAUCACAUUGCACCUUUGUUGUUACGGAAAGAUGAAAAUUACUCUCUCACUUGUAAAACUCACUUAUAGUUUUCAUGCUGAUGUUCUUCCCAGUUUAAAAAAUACCUUGUAGGUUAUUGAUUUUUAGAACUUGCCUACUAGAACACCGGUCAUUCAGUGGUUAAAUCAGGAUUUCUGCAUUAUACAGUCAAACUCGCUUUAAAGACACCUGCUUAAUAAGGACACCUCAUUAUUACGGACAGUUUACUUUGCCCCCGGGGAUUGAAAGCCCUUGCAAUUUCUCUAAAUUCAACUGGCUUAAUACGGACUCUUUCUAUGGCAUUCUCAGUGUCCAUAUUAACAAGGUUUGACUGUAUGUUAUUAAUAGAUGUUCCACUAGGUUUUUUUGGUUGGGUAGCCACUUAUUUAAGUGCAUCGAAUGUCAACUAAUUUUUUUUAUAUUUAACAUUACACAGGAUUUUAGAGACUACAUCCUGCAGUUGAACGACAUCCUUACAAGGAAGGCAGCUUGUAUUGCAUCUUUACAAGAAAAGCUUUCUAAAUUUCCCUCACAAUGA